AUGAUCUCGGCGUUCUUUAUUUUCAAUCAAAAGGGCGAAGUCCUAAUUUCAAGGCUCUACCGAACUGAUUUCAAGCGAUCCAUUGCGGACGUAUUCCGGAUACAAGUUGUCUCGAACAGCGAUGUUCGGUCACCUAUCAUAACGCUCGGCUCAACCAGCUUUUUUCAUGUACGGGUGAACAACCUCUACGUCGUGGCCGUAACAAAAACCAACGCCAACGCUGCACUCGUUUUCGAGUUCUGUUACCGAUUUAUCAACAUUUGCAAAUCAUAUUUUGGAAAGAUUGACGAAGAAUCUGUCAAGAACAAUUUCGUGGUUAUAUAUGAGCUCAUCGAUGAAAUCAAUGAUUUUGGAUAUCCUCAGAACAGCGAAAUCGACACUUUGAAAACGUACAUCACCACCGAGAGCAUUGUAUCGUCGGACUACGCAGCUGAAGAGUCUUCGAAAAUCACCAGCCAAGCAACAGGAGCAACAAGUUGGCGGCGUGCGGACGUUAAAUACAAGAAGAAUGAGGCUUUCGUGGACGUUAUUGAGAUUGUGAAUCUGAGUAUGAGCGCCAAAGGCAAUGUUCUCCGUGCGGAUGUCGAUGGCCACAUCCAAAUGCGUGCCUAUCUUUCGGGCACACCAGAAUGCAAAUUUGGUCUGAACGACAAGUUGGUGAUCGACAAGAAUGACAGAGGGGGGAGCGACGCUGUCGAGUUGGACGACUGCCGUUUCCACCAGUGUGUGAGGCUCAACGAUUUUGAUGCUUCGCGUACUAUUAGCUUUAUCCCCCCUGAUGGUGAAUUUGAGUUAAUGAGGUAUCGCUCGACGUCCAACGUCAAGCUACCUCUGCGCGUCAUCCCCACAGUCACAGAAAUAGGAACAACGCAGGUUUCAUACACGAUAACUCUGAAGGCAAACUUUAGUAACAAGCUCUCCGCUACGAACGUUGUCCUACGAAUACCUACGCCACUGAACACAACCACGGUGGACUGUAAGGUGUUAAGCGGGAAGGCAAAAUAUGCUCCUUCUGAAAACGUUGUCGUUUGGAAGCUUGCAAGGGUACAGGGAGGUCAAGAGUGUACUUUCACUGCUGCAGCUACAUUGACAAGCACCACUACUCGUCAAGUCUGGGCAAGGCCACCUAUCGACGUGGACUUCCAGGUGCUCAUGUUCACGGCGUCGGGGCUAAUUGUGCGGUUUCUAAAAGUGUUCGAGAAGAGCAAUUAUCAGAGCAUAAAAUGGGUCCGCUACCUCACGAAGGCUAGUGGGUCCUACCAGAUCAGGUUCUGAUCUCAUAUUCGUGGGCUAACACAUCCUAUACCCCAAGUAAAUUACAUGUACG